AUGCUUCUUCGAUUGCCAACAGAGCUGAUUCAACUCAUUUUACUGCACUGCGAAACACCUGAUUUUUUCCAGGCAGCUCGAACAAAUCGCAGGCUAUAUGAUAUUGCACGCAGCAGCCGAGAGGUCAUACUUCAUCAGUUGAAUCAUACCCCCGGCUUCAUCAAUGGACUUGAAUUCUUUCCCACCACCCAGCUAUACGUCACUCUGAGAACUCGCUCCAACGCACAAUUGUAUGGAGCAGAAUCCAGUGCAGACUUCACAACCCACAGGUUUUCAAACCAAGUGGUCAAUAGUCUAGCAUCUGUAUUUGAAAGACCAAGAGAGAGCAAUCGGGCAUUGCUUGCUUUCAAAAAUCACAGCACGGUCUAUCUGGUGAAAGUCGAAAAUGGGACAUUGUCUCAGGAAGCCAGCUGGAAAUCUCCAGGUCAGGACAUCGGAGAGGUCGAGGUCAUGCAUACUGCAUUCAAUGGAGAGCAUGGAAUAUAUGUGUUACAUCGGUUCAAGCCCUUCUCAGACCAGAACAUUGAUAUCAAUCACCCAUUUGUCAAACAUGCCCAACAGUCUCACCCAAACGGGAGUGUUUUCUUGGCCUACCAUGACUUGAACUCCGAUAAGACUGUUCGCAUGUGUGCCUUCCCCGAACAUGAUGGCUAUAGACCUCUAGCUCUGUCUGUGUCUGGCAGCCAGUUUGCAAUCUCCUGGCAAAACACACAAGACAUAUCUGAUCACACCGUCGUUCUGUACCAGUUGCUCGACAGUGAAGAUGAAAAUGAAGACAGCGAUUCUAUGGAUGAAGAUGCCGAAGAAAAGAAGACGCAAUCUUGCAAAAUAACUCGUUUAGAUGCUCCUUAUCGAUGUUACACCCUUAUGAGCCCAGGCGACCAGUCAAGCCUAAGAACCCCUGCAGUGAAGUUGACAUUCAACGACCGAGGCUUCCAGUUACUGUAUCACUGCCGGGCUCAAACACUAUAUGGAAGCUUCCAGAGACUGCAUAACAUCCCUGCAAGAGGUGAAGUAAACGACCCGAGGCUGAUUGCAAACAAAUGCAAUGUGCAAUUCACGCCACAUCUCACCCUCCAAUUCUCCAUUGACAUCCCCUUCUUCGCUACUCAUGAUCGUGGGGGUGUUAACGAACCCUGCCAUUGGCAAUAUCUCGCUUUCGGAACCGCGACGCAUCGAGUCGAGAACUGGACAGUGGCGUGCCUCCUGAAGUCCGAAGCCUUCCCCAACAAUCGAUGCACCCACGUUAUGAAUCUCGAACGUGGAAGACGGUUUGAAAGUUGGCAGGUCAUGGCACAACUCGGGGGAUUCCAGGCAUCGACAACCUCGCAUGGUUCUCAAGUGGCUACAUCACGUUUGGGACGUCGAAUUGCCGUUGUCAAUUGGAAAACCCUUUAUGUCUGGGCACUGGAACCAUCCGAAGUGAUUGAUGCCGAAAGCGAGUUUUAUCCUUCAUCUUGGGAAUCUUCUACAGGUAUUCUUGUGCUGCGGCCCGUGAUCCUCCACCUAGGGGCCGUUUGCUCUCAACUGGCCUUCACCGAAAAUGAAGAUGAAUUGAUUGCGAUCACUGAUCGUGGAGUGAUGUCCGUGAACCUCAAAUCCAGUGGCUCAGGCAAACGGGAGGAGUUCAACGGGCAUGAGAUCAUAUUCGAGAUGAAACAAGCGUCUUGUGUAUUCUCUUUUUCUGAAAAAAAAAAGAAGAAGAAGAAGAAGAAGGAGGAGGAGGAGGAGGAGGAGGAGGAGGAGGAGGAGGAGGAGGAGGAGGAGGAGGAGGAGGAGUUGACGAUUGAUCUCAAGCACGACCACCAGGAAUCAAAAUUCAUGAAGACCAGCGUUUAUUAUCUUCCUAUGCAAGGUUACGCAAUAUAA